AUGUUCAGUGUCGUAAUCACCUGGCUCUUCUGCCUCUGCAUCGACCGUGAUUUCCUGAAGGCUACGAUUCUUUCCUUUGCCGCUAUCUGGUUAUCCCUCUUCGGUUUCUUUGCGAGCCACAAUGCGCCGAAUGACAGUGUUCCCCCAACCGAGGGUGACGAGAAGGUCGGCUUCUACGGAAAAGAGGACCACGAGUACAACAACGGCUGGCGCUGGGCAGUCUCCUGGUCAUUGGCGACGGUGUUCUUCGCCGCGCACGUCGGCUUGCAGCGGGCAAACAUCAUCCAGGGCCCGUACGGCGAGAAGGACAGCGAGGUGCAGAAGAUCGAGACGUAA